AAUAUGGAGCUACAAAUGUUCUUGCUAAUUUUGUUGAUUAACUUGGGAUGUGUGGUUUCUGAACUGAGUUUGAGAUUUGUCAUCAUAACGGAAAACCAUGACGCCGAGUUACCACAGGCAGUUGGCCGCGCCAUGAAACUAGCCGAAGAGAACACACCAGGCAUGACCAUCUCCGACGACGUCAUACAGCUCGAUCGCGAGAAUGAUGAGGAGAGCUAUAAAAAACUAUGCUCUGCUGUGUCCAAGGGUGUCUCCAUCAUCGUAGACAUGUCCUGGUCACCAUGGGAAGCAGCUGAGGAGCUUUCCUCCUCCACCGGCAUACCGCUGGUUCGCACGUUACUAGGCUCCCAGCAAUUGGUAGCAGGUUUCAAUAGCUAUCUAGAAUCCAGGAACGCGACCGAUGCAGCUAUAUUAUUGGAGAGCGAAAGUGAUGUUGACAGAACCCUGUACGAGUUGCUAGGGCGAUCGCACGUCCGCGUUUGGGUUCACGCGGGGUUGACCCGGGACACGGCGAACGCCCUGAAGAGUAUGCGGCCUGAACCCAGCUUCUUCGUCGUUGUGGGUGACACAGAUUUUGUCACCGCUACAUAUAAACGGGCGGUAAAAGAGAAGUUAGUAAAACGUAACUACAGAUGGAAUUUAAUAGUAACUGAUUAUGGCAACAUUGACAUUUCAAUGAUGGUGCUCCCAACUGUCAUUCUCCAGACAGAUCUCUCGGAAUGCUGCAAACUGUUAAAGUUAAAGGAAGAUUGCAGUUGCAGUAUAAAUGCACAGAAGACGCAGUACAUUAUCAAUAACUUGAUACAACACUCUGUGGAUGCUCUGACUAAAAUCGACGCGGAUGUUAUCAAAAUCGACUGCGAGAACUCAUCUGGAGAAAUGAAUGCCACCAAGGAGAGGUUCUAUCAGGUUCUAGAAGAAGACAGCGCGAAUAACCAGACAUUGUUCUAUUGGGAUGAGGAGAGAUACAGUCUCUUGCUCCGAUCCCGCUUCAUCCUGUCCACAUACAAAGCGGAGGACGGUCUUCAAAGAGCGGCGUACUGGUACGCCAAUGAGGAGUACAGGCUUUUACCUGGCGUGGUGCUGGAGCCACUGAGGAACUUCUUCCGGAUCGGUACUUCAGCUGCCGUCCCGUGGACUAUGGUGAAGUAUGACCCGGGUACGGGCGAACCGAUGAUGACAGAAGACGGCCAGCCGGUAUACGAGGGAUACUGUAUCGAUCUCAUCGAUAAAAUUGCAGAGUCAAUGGGUUUCGACUACGAAGUUGUGACUCCGAAGUCUGGUUCCUUCGGAAGGAGACUACCGAAUGGUUCGUGGGACGGGAUCGUUGGCGAUUUGACUACUGGGGAAACGGAUAUCGCUGUGGCAGCGCUAACGAUGACAGCAGAGAGAGAGGAGGUGGUAGACUUUGUGGCGCCGUAUUUCGAACAAACUGGCAUUCUCAUUGUGAUACGUAAACCAGUCCGGAAAACGUCCCUAUUCAAGUUCAUGACAGUGCUCCGUACGGAAGUGUGGCUCAGUAUCGUGGCUGCUUUACUUCUGACGGGCUUCAUGAUCUGGCUGCUGGAGAAGUACUCACCGUACUCUGCUAGGAACAACCCUGACGCCUAUCCCUAUCCGUGCCGAGAAUUCACACUAAAAGAGAGCUUCUGGUUCGCUCUGACGUCAUUCACGCCUCAAGGCGGCGGGGAAGCCCCGAAAGCUCUGUCGGGACGCACUUUAGUGGCCGCCUAUUGGCUGUUCGUUGUGCUGAUGCUGGCGACUUUCACUGCGAAUUUGGCUGCGUUUCUGACAGUUGAGAGGAUGCAGACACCGGUGGCAUCUUUGGAGCAGCUGGCGAGGCAGUCCAGGAUAAACUACACAGUGGUGGAAAGCUCCACAAUUCACCAGUACUUCAUAAAUAUGAAGUUCGCCGAGGAUACACUUUAUAGGGUUUGGAAGGAAAUCACCUUAAACGCCACUUCAGACCAAGCACAGUAUAGAGUAUGGGACUAUCCCAUUAGAGAGCAAUACGGACACAUCUUGCUAGCCAUUAACGCGUCAGGCCCAGUACCAGAUGCCAUUACAGGAUUUCAGCAAGUUAACGAACAUUCGGAAGCCGACUUCGCCUUCAUACACGAUUCAGCGGAAAUAAAGUACGAAAUUACUCGUAACUGCAACCUCACCGAGGUGGGAGAGGUGUUCGCUGAACAGCCUUACGCCAUCGCCGUCCAGCAAGGAUCCCGGCUGCAGGAGGAUCUGUCCAGGACCCUACUGGAUCUGCAGAAGGAGCGGUUCCUGGAGCAACUGUCUAGCAAGUAUUGGAACGAAACCGCGCGACAAGCUUGUCCGGAUGCAGACGAGUCGGAGGGGAUCACGCUGGAAAGCUUGGGUGGUGUGUUCAUAGCAACCUUAUUCGGAUUAGGCCUCGCAAUGGUGACCUUAGCUUGGGAAGUGUUCUACUAUAAGAGGAAAGAGAAAAACAAAGUUCAAACCAUAGACGCUACCAUAGAGAAGACAGAGGCGUUUGUGGAAAAGAAGAAGGAUAAACUAUCUACAAAGGUGGCGGAAGGUGUUGCCAAGUUACGGAAAAGAAACAAAAAAUCGGGAAAUAUUGUCAAGAAUGUCACCAUCGGUGAUCAAUUCAAACCGGCUGAUAAAGGAGUUUCAUACAUUAGUGUUUAUCCGAGAGAUGGUUACAGGCCAUAAGUU